UCAGUUUAUAGAAGGAAAUUGAAUCAAUAGUCAAAGAUACCCCCAAUUGAAUCCACAGGUUCCAUCAGGAAACUCAAGAAAUUCUGAAGAGUUGGUUGCUUGGUGACCAAUAUAAACAACUUUUAAAUCUAAGAAGCCAAAGAAGACUGAAGGCACAAGACCUUGCUUUCCUUUAAGGACUGUGCUGUAGGAGGCCAUUUUUCAGGUUCCUGUCACAGCUGCAGGCCCUGCCUCUGGACCAGGCAGCAUAGAAGAAAGCUUUUGCUAGGAAAUAUGAUUGGGACCCAAAAAGAAAAGACCUUCUUCUCUCAUCAGUACCCUGAGUCACUCCCCCCACGGCUGGGAUGGGGUAUGACUCUUGGCUUCUCAAAACUGAACCAAGAGGUCUGUGCAUCUGUCUCCAAUGUGCCACCCGUCUUCCACUUUGGCCCUCAGCGCUGUGCAAAGCUCAAGAACCAGUAUCUGAAGAAGGCUGCUGCCAACCUUACCUUCUCUCAGGAGGUGAUGUGGCAGCGAGGCCUGCCAAGCAUGCCUUACAGCCAGUAUAGCUUUGACCAUAUCUAUGACACAGAUGACAUCGUCCCACCUUCCCAGAUCAGGAAGGCCCAAUGUGAGAAACCUGUCAGUGUCAAGUCCCUGAGAACAGAGGACAUCUCCCAGGCUAUGAAGACGGCAAGCCCUGACAAUCUUGUCAAGAAGCAGAAGAAAUCAAAGCCAGCAAGCAUAAUCCAGAGAGCAUCUCCCCAUCUCCCCCUUUAUUCCCAAAAGGAUCCAGAUUUGCUGAGUCCACCGCCUUCUCCAGAUGUGAACCUGGAGGAAAGGGAACUGUGGCUUCCCCCUCAUGAGAAGGAGGCCAGAGACUGGGAGGCCAUCGUGCUGGAAAAGCUGAACAAGCGCACAGCCCGGUGGAUCCAGAGCAAGCGUCCUGCGAGGCCUGGGGUAUCACCCAAUAAGUGGCAGACGUUCCUGCGUCAGCAGUAUGACUGGAGCCACAUCCGGGAUGAGCUCACCUCCAAAAGCGACCUGGAGCUCCUGAAACAGCUGGAGGCAGAAGAGACAGCAGAGUUUGAGCCUCCAGUUAUCAUCCUGCCCUCCAAGGAAGAAAAGCAGCCAGAGUUGCGGCUUCCUGUUUACUACAGAUUGCCCAAUUACUCCCCACAAGUGCAGACAGUUGAAAGCAUGCCUGGCAGAAAUACCACAGCUGAGGAUAUCGAGGAAAAGAGAAGCAUCAUCCAGCCCCCAAAGGAGAGCUGCUUCCGACAGGUGAAUCCUGCAGCUGGAGAGUUUGCUUACUCCACAGACAACAAGUUUGAGCAAGAGAUUUACUUUGAUAAAGUCCAGAUCAUCCAUAAGAUUGGUGCAAAGAGAGACCAGAUUUUCCUGGAAAACCUCAAUCGGUACAACAAGCAGUUAUCUAAGGUCUUCCCUGAGACUCCAGAAAAGUGGAGUUCCCAGCCUAUUCCUGAAGCACCUUGUAGGCCCGUGAAAGGAGCCCAGCGCUGGACUGCUUUGCCCACCCCUGUCAAGGAUCUGCUGCUGCAGGUGGGUGAGGAGGAAGUGCCUGUUAAGACCAAAGGAUUGAAGAAGCAGGCAAAAUCGCUGCAGGAGGAAGUGACUUGGCAACUCAUGGUUCUGCAGAAGAUGCUGCAGGAGUGGAAGACUGCCUGGGGGCUAAUGGUUGAGUGGCACCAUGAGACAGUGGAGAGCCUGAAGCGGGGAUUGGUAAGCAUGUAUGAUGAUACUCGGAUCCAAGCCAUCAUCACGUGUGCCACAGCUAUUGUGGAACGGCCCCGGUGUGCCACCAGCCAGAAGGACUCAGACAAGGAAACUGUGAAAGCCCCCUUUGUCCCAGAUGUGCCAGAGGUUCUACAGCCUGCCCUGAAGGCUGCUCUUUGUGACAAGAAUGCCAAUGUGAAGAUGGCAGCAGCAAUAUGCCAAUAUGUCAUGCAGUCACAUAAUCCUCUGGCACAGGACAUCAUGCACAUUGCCCUUCUGAAAGGCAAUAGUGUGGACAGCUGGGUUGCAGCUCAGUGCUUGGCUCUGGAUGGUAUUGCCACUUACCCAGUGAUUAGUAGGAUCUUCUACCAGCUGUUCAACAAGAAGAAUAAGGACACUGAGGACCAGGCCUGUAUUCUCCUGAGAUAUCUCAAUGAAAAGACAACCCUGAUACACAACAUGCUUGCUGUGGAACUGAAUAGCCAACGAUGGAGGGAUCGGAUCCUGGCCUGCAGGGCUUUUUCCCAGAUCAAUGGAAAUGUCUCCUUAGAUAUGAAACGUAAAUUGAUCCAGCUUAUGUGGGAUGACUGGAAUAAUGAAGUGAGGCAAGCAGCUGCCCAAGCACUGGGGCAAAUGAGCCUUGGGAAAGAAGUACAUGACACAAUCAGGAUUAAGCUGGGUCUAGGAAAUCCCCAGAAGCGUGUAGAAGCCCUCUACCUGAUAGGUGGGCUCAAGCUCAUGACCGCCAAGCUUCUCCCAAGCUUUCUGCGCUGUUUCUCUGAUGAUUUCAUAGCAGUUCGGCAGGCAGCCUGUUUGGCAGCUGGUGCCCUGCAGAUCCGCAACAAGAUGGUGAUUGAAUGCCUCGUGAAUCUGAUGCACCAAGAUCCAUACUGGAAAAUCAAGGCUUUUGCCAUUCGAGCUUUGGGACAGAUUGGGCAAGCAAGUCCCCAACUGACUGAUCUCCUGCUCUGGGCUAUCCACUAUGAAGAGUCACCAGGUGUACGACUAGAAGCUUGCCGUAGCAUCCUAGCCCUCAAACUUCAAGGGGCCCAUGUCAGGGAUACCUUCCUAGAUGUGCUGCUCCUGGAGGAACACGAGGCUGUUUUAAAGGAAAUUUAUCAUGCAAUGAAGAUACUCAACUUAGAAAAUGAAGGAAACCAAGAAAUGAUUCAGGAAAUCAAGAACAGGAUUGAAUCACUAAGCCAAAAAGACUUGCUGACACAGAAAAUAUUCACAAUGGAGAUGGCCGUAAGAAAAGUGAAGGAUGAAGCAAAACAUAUUUACUCACAACCCAAAAAGGGAAAAGAACCACUGACACUCCAAACUUUUAUUCAAGAAACUUUUCAGAAUGAAGUGGUUCCUUCUAGAAGACUGUCUGAGAUUUGUGACGUUGAAGCAGUCAUAAAGCCUUUGAAGCCCCGCAAGCCGAAUCCCUGGUUGCAAAGUCCAGCCUUAUACCAAAACACAAAAAACAAAGGUCAGUCACGGCUUGUCAGAGAUCUACGAACCAUUCGGGAAAAAAAGAUUGAAAUGGGGCCAUUUGAAUCUCUUUCUGCCAUUCAAUAGUUGGAUAAAUACACAGAGGAUUUUUUUCUAGCAUCAAGCCUCUAGAAAACUUCUCUUGCUCCAAGACGCAAGCAGCAGCAGACCUGGUCAUAUUUUGUCUCUUUCAUUGAAAUUGUACAAUCUUCUUGUCACUAUGUUUAUAAAAUAAAACUAAUAAUUGAUUUGA